CCAAUCGUAUCGGUUUACUUUGUUUCCCUGACUCAAAAUAUCAGCUGACUCCAUGGCCAAAAUCUAGUUAAUCUAGUUAUCUAGUUCGGCAGCUCACUCGGUUUUGACUGUCAUUUUGACAAUGACUCUUCAUUGGAGGUUGAGGAGGCGCGUGUGUUGUGUUGUGUUGUGUUGAGUUGAGUUGAGUUGAGUUGAGUUGUUGCCUAACAACAUCAACGCUUGCCAGCGUCUUUCUGUACUCCCCAUCCUCCCCAUCUCCUCCUCUAAACAAAGUCUUUAUUCGUUUCUGUGCCUAGAGAGAUACAUAUACAGCACUCGUGCUUAUUGAUAAACGCUUCAUGGAUAAAAGCUUAUCAAAUAGAGCUUAAUCUGAUAUCUGCUUCUUUCCUGACCAGAACAACUGCUGAUUCUGAAUAUGGAUGUCAACAUCAGCAACUUUAUGGAGGAGAAAAGGGUGAGGACAGAAGAAGCACCUUACAUGGAAAUGAAGACAAGUUCUGAUAAGAGGAACCUAGAGAAGGAAAACCUCAAACCUGCAUACAAAACACAAGCCAAACAGUUAAAAGAAGAGGGUUUUGGCCUCAGUUUGCCUCUGGGAGAGGAAUAUGAACGAAAGAAGCAAAGACUAAAGCAAGAGCUGCGGCUUGAUUACCGGCGUUUCAUGUCUGAGAAAAAAAAUCGGAAUAUUACCAAUCAACUUCCACAGUCUCCCAUGCUGUCUCUCCCUAUAAGAGAACGGAGAUCAGCGAAGGAAAAGCUGCAAAAUGAAAGGAACAAAGAAUACAAUCUCUUUCUGAGAGGGCAAGAGGGAGUGCCAAAAACAGGGAAAAGUUCAAUUACACCACAGGCCCUGGAGAGAGAUCAUUUUGGCUCUAUCACCCCGAAAUAUCCUUCUGGUUUUCCAGAGGUACAAGCUCAAGGGAGCAGCCUGAGCCCAAAGAAUGUGACAUCUGUAAGGAGGGAUGCCGCCACUCUAACAGAGCCCAUUUCAAAGGUGCAUAAGGUAUCAAGGCCACGGAGACUCUGGGCAGAGUCACCAGAUCACUGGGGAGGUCCACACGGAUACUACAGAGAUCACACCAGCUCUGAGGAGGAGCAGGAAGGGAUAGAACUCCUGGAGAAGGAGAGGCUCAGAAACAUACAAGAAGAAAGAGACACAGAUGCCAAGAGAGAAGGAAAACUUGAUAACAGAACACACAGACUACAGGCGCCGACCCCAGCACAGAGCAGAUCUGUCAACGAACAGAACAUGACAGAGUUUGCAACAGGACUCAUGAUUGGUGCUGCUGAAGAGGAUGAGGCCUCUCGGAGGAGGAAGAAACUUUAUAGAGAGGAGCUGCUGCAGCAAAUAGCUGAACAACAGAAGAACAAAAGGAAAGAGAAGGAGCUAGAGUUGAGAGUGGCGGCAACAGGCGCUGUAGAUCCAGAAAAACAGCCAGACCGAAUCAAACAGUUCGGUGACUUGACCCGGGAAUAUUGGGGCAAAAGAAGAAAUGUUCCUUACAGGCCUGGACUGGCUUUGAAUGUCUUGCAGGCUGACUCUGCCAGGCGACCCAAAGAUGAAAGACCUCUACAAGCAUCGGAAGAGAGGGUGCCCCCCGAGAGGCCACGAGUCGCUUUUCAGCCCCUGUCUCUGAACAAAAGCACUGUUUUAAGCCAACUGGCUAACGCCUCAGCCCCUGGCUUUGAGGUUAGAACUGGGCUGGGGGUUAAUGGUACUGCCCCAAUUACUGAAGACUAUGACAGAAGCCUCUCAAGUGCCCUAGGGGAGAUGGUUGCCCCAAGAAUUACAGGUGUACGUCCUCCGUUAGGUCCCUCCCUCACCGACUCUUAUCAAACUCCUUAUGAUAAUGCAUAUUACUACUAUGGAGCCAGAAAUCCUCUGGACCCUAAUCUGGCCCACUAUGGACCACCAGUGCAGUCACACAUCUCUCACAUCUCUCUAGGAGCACAAUGGCCCCUCCUGCAACCUCCCUCAGGAGGCCCCACACAAAUGAGCAGUCAGGCUGGUAUUACUCCUUCAGGACCAGCAUUCAUUAAACCAGAGAGGCUUCAGCAAACCCAGGGAAGUGCUCUUAGCUACCAGGAAGCCCUUAAGCAGCAGAUUCGGGAGCGACAGGAGAGACGUUAUCAAGAGAAGGUGGAGAAAGAGCAGUAUGAUGCUAAGAUCGAGGCUGAGAUGAAGGCCUACGACCCCUGGGGAAGAGCUGGAGGAGGAGCACCUCUAAGGGAUGAUCAAGGAAACCUCAUCAGUGAUUUGAAACGAAUGCAUAAAACAAAUUUGGAAGCUUAUGAUUCUGGAGGUAGAAGAGUCAGGAAUCCAGCCGCUUCAAGGCCAGAGCCUACAGGUUUCUCUUCUACUCAGCCGUCUAUGCAUGCCCGUGGCAACCUUUUCAGUGAACUGCCCACUCCACAGCAGCUACAUGAGCAGGAAAUAUACAAGGACUAUUUGAAACGGCAGAUCGAGGAAAAGAGGAGAAAGGAAGCAGAAGAGAGGGAGCGGCAGAGACUCGAGGAGGAGAAAGAGGAGAGAAGACUAGCUGAACAGCGAGCUCGGAUCCAGAGGGAGUUUGAGGAAGAGCAGGAGAGGAAACGGCAGAAGGAGAAGGAGAAAAAUGCCAAAAAUGAGGAGCUGAUCAGACAAGCUGAAGAGCGCAGAAAAGAAGAUGAGAAAAAGAGAAGAGAAGCGGAGGAGAGAGAGAACGAGACCCUAAGAAAGAGACUUGAGAGAGAGAAGCAGACACAUCUGGAAGAGGUUCACAGGGCACUGUCGCCACCCCUACCAGCCUUGCAGAGAAAACUGCGUCAGCAGACGCCCAGACCGCCGUCGGCAGAGAGCCACCGCUCUGCUGCAAUUCUGUCUGUGAGUAACACACACACACCUGUGCGUUCUAUGUCAGCGCCACAUUCACCCCCAGUGCCCGCCCGCAGGAAUGAGAUCAGAGCGACAGAGAAGCAGACUGUGAUCAGGGAGUUGUCUGCUUUGCGUAGACAGCUGCGGAGUGAACAGAGACGUCUGGAGGGGAAGUUAAUUCUGUCCAACCGACAUGAUAGUCCCUCUCCUGCUCCUGCCAGCAACACACAAAGAGAGCACCCCCCGGAUGAUGUUUUUGAAAUGGCGAGACGGCGCAAACAGGUCCCCAUCAGGAGGCCGGCAUCCCACACCAUUGCAGCAGUAAACAUGCAGAAUCUUCAGGAGUUUAACCGUCUGAAGUACAGAGAUGGUACAUCUCGUGAGGAGAUGUGGCAGGCAUAUCCUGAACCCCCUGGUGAUGAUCACAGUCUAGACAUCCAGCAGCAGGCUUUGCUACGACAACAGCAACGAACCAUCAACAGCCUGAAAGCCAGGACAACUGAUCACAUUGACCUGGUGUCUUCAGGACAACAGCAUCAUGAGAUGUGGGGGAAUUCUUCAGAGCAUCCGGGCAGACGCUUGCUGUUAGACUCAGAGAGUGCCUUUAUUGAUCCCAGUGCCGAUUCAUUCCUUUUACGAUCCCAGCAUAACCAGAGGGCUAGACCAGACUCUGCCAGAGUUAGACCAACAGCCAGGAAGGCGAAUAUCUCUGAUGAUGUGAUUACCAGGUACAACCAACCUGACAACCAGUCCCUGCUCUCAAUCACCAGCUCAGAAAUCGAAAGGCUGAGGGAACGCACCAGAAACAAGAUGACAUUGUUGAAUAACGUUAGAGAACAAGACUGGAGAUCAGGGGAUGCGUCAGGUGAAGAAGGGGAGGAGCUAUGGUCACAGACUCCUACUUUCGACCAAUGCGUUUCCAUUGAUACCAAUGCCACAGAGCCCUGGUUACGUCCCAGCUCCUCAGAUACACUCAAGAGAUUCAUGGGCGGUCGCAGGCCAUCUAGCCAGAACCACACAAACCAGGAAUGGGUUGGGCCAUCUACCUACCACGGUUAAACUCAGUGCUGUUGUCAAGACUGUUACGAAUUCGCACAUAACAGCCGAACUUUCUACAGCUAUUAUAUAUAUAUAUAUAUAAAGUUUAUUCAAAGGUGCCAUACUUAGCCAAAGAAGAAUGGUAACAGUUUUUGUCUUGAAGGUGUUGGCAUAGUACCACAUUGAAAUUUUUGCUGGCAUUGAUAAAUUCUUGUGAAUGAAAUACUACAUUUCUAAAACACUUGCUGUAGAAUCCAUUCUUAGGCAAGUCUGCUUUUCCACUUGGAGAAAUUACUUGAUGCUUUACAUACUGUGACUUGUGUAAUGUAUAAAUUGCAUGUGUUCUGUCUAUUGUCAGGUGAAUUUUGAAUUUCAGAAGUCUGAAUGUGUGAUUUGUUUUUUGUUUUACAUUUGUAUGAUUGUUUUACUUUUAAUACAGAUUAUAGGUUGUAAGUAUAAGAUUGUAAACUUAUGCAACUAUAAGCAUAUGACAGAAAAAAUUAUUUAGAG